GCUGCUUUGCUCAGCAGUCCGGACUCGAGCAGGGCGUGUGUCUUCCUCGCGCCCUCGCUUACUCUACGGUCACGUGGUCUUCAAUGGGCUAGACGCAUACAAUCGCCAGUCUGUUCAGUAUUCCGCGCGCUCGUGUUUAUGGCUGUUUGUCCUGUGUCGGAUCAGAUCUUGCGCGGUUCUCGUUAAGACUUGUUAUAGGCUCAUUGGAGUGGUUGCAGGCUGUAGAAAGGGCGUUCGCGAAAGGCGACUGUCCAGCUCUGCAAGGGAGCCUUACAGCAGGAAGUUCCAGGUGAAGACAGCCAACGCCCAUACACAGGUGCAGAAUUAUGAGCCUCCUCUCAAGUGCCUUUACUCAGGGAUACAACACAGAAUACUGGGAAUGGGAUCCCAAGGCCAAGUCCCCAGCUGCCCAGCUGUCUUCAAAUCAGCUGUGUGUCUACUUCCAUGUGGACUCUGCCCUGGAGAGUAGAGGGACAGCAGGGGUCAGGGGCACUAAAGGUUUCACACAUGGCGAACACUAUUGGGAGAUUCAGUUCCUGGAACCGCUUUAUGGGACAUCAGUAAUGGUGGGAGUUGGGACAACACAAGCCCAGCUACACCUGGAGGAUUACCAGUUCAUUGAUUUACUUGGAAUGGACAAAGAGAGUUGGGGUUUGUCUUACAAGGGAUUAAUUUGGCAUGAGGGGAAGCACAGAAAAUAUACUGAGCCCUUCUAUGAAAAAGCUACCAUCAUUGGCAUUCACCUGAACUUGCAAACUGGAACACUGGAAUUUUAUAAAAAUGGCACGGGCCUGGGCCUGGCCUUCUCUGGAUUGGAUAAGGUGGGUGCCCCUCUUUAUCCCUUGGCCAGCUCUACUUCAGCAGAGACCGAACUGCAGCUUGGUUUUAGGUGCUGGCACUUCACAUCACUUAAGGAGCACUGUCUCUAUGCUGUGCUGCAACAUAUGAAAGGCACAAGCUACAUUGACACUCUACCUCUUCCCAGAAGCAUUCGCAAUCAGCUCCAGACUUAUAAGAAGUUGGCAAUGCCUGCUUGGAAUUUCUUAUCUUAAUAUCAUUGAGAUUUAGUCAUCAGUUGGAUUAUGGAUGGAAAUGGACAAGCAUGCAAUAUGGUUGGGAUGUAUUGAUGAUAAGACAGAUGGUAAUAGGCUUUGUGGUAAAACAGGCAAAUACAGCUCAGGCACAGCCAGACAGACACAAGCUGGUGCAGUGGUGGCCAAAAACUGUUAACACCAAAGUCCAGACAGGUACAGCCAUAUUUUCAAUGAGUGGAUAUGAGAAGCAGCAACUAUGUUAAAUAAAGGUGGUAACAAACGAGGAAAACUGCAACAAAAUAUGCUUGGCUUAACAGAACAGCACUCCAAAGCAUGGAACGAUCCCUCGUUAUCAUAACACAGCAGCCACAUGUUCAGAAACUUAGCACAAUAGCAGCACACAUUUAGGACACACUCCGGUCUGUGUUUGAAGCAACUGACUCUAAAUUGAAGUGGAUCAAAGGAGGGAUGUUAGGAUGAGCCAGUCAAAGGAACAACUUGUGC